CACCGACAAGCCCAGCUUGGCCCGAGUUUUGACUAACGCCUCGGAUGCCACAGCGACACCAUCUUCAGUAGGGAGCGAAGGCGACCGUACCGAGAUGGAGACAUAUGAUGUUCCAUUAGGCGAAGACUUUGUCAGCUCCGAUGCUGGCUCCCGCACUCCCUUGUAUGCUUCGCAGGCCAUCGAAGGCGGCUUGCGGACCGCCUCUAUCCAUCGCAAGAUGCAUGCCGACGACUUCGAGCCGCUACGCUGUCUAGGCAAGGGCGCAUUUGGAACCGUACACCUUGUCAAGCAGCGGGCCACUGGGCGACUCUACGCUCAGAAACAAUUCAAGAAGGCAAGCCUUACCGUGCACAAGCGUCUCAUCGAGCAGACUCGCACUGAGCGUACCAUCUUGGAGUCAGUCAAUCGUCAUGCCUUCGUAGUGAAGCUCUACUACGCCUUCCAGGACCAAGAAAAGCUCUACCUGAUUCUUGAAUAUGCACAAGGAGGCGAGCUCUUCACGCACUUGGCCAUGGAACGCAUGUUUAGCGAGGAAGUCGCGUCCUUCUACAUGGCUGAGAUGGUGCUUGCCUUGGAGCAUUUGCAUCAAAACGUGCGAGUGAUCUACCGCGACUUGAAGCCCGAGAACUGUCUGCUAGAUCACGAAGGCCAUCUCCUGCUGACCGACUUCGGCCUGUCCAAGGUCGCACUGGAAGACGAGGGUGAGCGCACCAAUAGCGUCCUGGGCACGAUUGACUACAUGGCACCUGAGGUGGUUGAGGGCAAACCCUACGACUUCUCUGUGGAUUGGUGGGGGCUCGGAGCGAUCGGCUUUGAUCUUCUCACCGGCAGUCCACCAUUUGGAGGCAACAACCACGCCAAGAUCCAGCAGAAUAUUUUGAAGCAGAAGCUGCAGCUGCCGUACUUCCUUGGGCCUGAUGCCAAGGAUCUUCUAACCCGUUUACUGCGCAAGGAGCCGCACAAGCGCCUUGGAGGUACUACCUCGAAAGGGAUCAAGGAGCUGAAGUCGCACCGCUUCUUCCGCAAAAUCGACUGGAAGAAACUCGAAAGACGCGAGCUUGAAGCGCCAAUCCAGCCUCUUGUGACUGAUCCAGAGUUGGCCGAGAAUUUCAGCGCCGACUUUACUGAUCUGCCACUCAGCCCGGUCAUGUCCCGUGCUGGUAAGACCUUCGACUUCACAACGACCUCAGCUGUUAACAAGAGCAACCCAUUCGGCGGAUUCAGUUAUGUUGCGAGCAGGAGUCUUCUUGACGGCGACGAUUUCAUGCUCGAUCCUUGACUGUACGGCAGCGUGGGUAGAUGGAUGGUUUCUGGCAAUUUGUACACGGCAAUAAUUUUUGACUACGGGGAUACUUCGGCUCCUAGCAAUGCUAUAUCCAUUUGGUUGAUUCCUGCACGUCUCGUGUGAAAUGUGUAUUGUGUUUCAUGAUCGAUCUAAUUCGAGCGGAGCGGCAGACUAAUAACUGGCAUGGCAGAUAUAAUAGCUCACAAGACAAACCAUGUGUUUGUAGCGAUGUGGAUGCUCACAAGGUUUGCUAAUGUUAUUAAAUACCCGUGUACUGU